AUGGUAUCGAGUACGACUACUAGAAGAAGUAGUGCUGGGAUCGGAGUACUGUGUAAUCUUUUGUUUGUGGUAGGAGGUGUUGAUGGUUUAUCAAAGCGGAGAUUAAACUCUGUUGAAUGUUAUCAUCCCAGUCUUGUGAAAAUGCGUGUACGUCGCAGUGCUCUGGGUAUUUGGUGUUGUCCUGAUGGAUUCAAAGUUCACAAAUGUGUCAAAACACUCAAAACCUACAGUCUAAGUACAGGAAUUUGGACUUCUAUUCCAGAUAUGCAUUUAUGUCGACAAUUCCCAGGAGUUGCUGUAUUAGAUGGAUUAUUGUAUGUCGUUGGUGGAGAUGACGGAACUUCUACUUUUGAUUCUGUAGAAUUUUACAACCCCAAGACUAAAACCUGGACCAUGGUCACAACAUCUUGGAAUAAUGCACGGACUGCAGCAGGAGUUGUAACAAAAGAUAGGCCAUGA